GCUGCGUAUUCAUUGAGUAGUAAUCAUUUGUCAGUCCUCUGCUCGCUAAAGGGUGCAUACAUGAUCACGUUGAAGUCCACUUUUGGAUAGCAAGAAUGACGUGACAACGCCUGCUCGAGCAGCAUGGAGGUCAGCGAUUUCGUGCCGCCGGCGCUGCCACUUGUGUUGCUUUGGAGCGCUCGAGAACUCCUUUGACCUUCGACUGACGAGGACUCCGGAACACAGUGGCAACGGACUUGGCUCACGACGUCGAGAGCAGCAAAGGUUCUAUCGUUUCGUCGCACGACCGUUACAACAGUGGGUGAGUCCGCUGUGGUGCUUCCUGCUGGGCUGGUUGGAUAUCAAGUUAACAAGACAGCAAAAUGGUUUUCGAGAAGACGUUGGUUACGAUGGUCAAGGGCAUCCGCGGGGCGCGCGGAGCCGAAGAUCAAUACAUCCAACAAAGCGUCCAAGAAAUAAAGCAGGAACUGCAAUCUUCGAACAUGCAGGUCAAGUCGAUGGCCGUCUUGAAGUUGGCUUACCUAAACAUGCUCGGGUAGGUUUUCUCUCACUCAUGUUACAAAUGCGUGUGCAGGUCCUCUUGGUCUGAAUACACUAACAUGAUCAGCGACGAUGUGAGUUGUGCUUAUUGUGCAUUUUCUGGAUAAUGAAGGAGAAGAUUUUUUUCAUCUUCACUUCACCACCAUGAAACUUCCGACUCACUGAAUACUCAUUCCAGCUACGACAUCAUGUGGGCCUCUUUCGCGAUCGUGGACUGCAUGUCGCGGUGCGAAAAAAUGUCCCUCCGCAGACCAGCUUACCUCGCUGCGGCCUUUUGCUUUCAGGAAAAAAACGACCUGGGACUGAUGCUUAUCAACCACUUCAAAAAAAGCUUGAUGAGCGGCAAAAAAACGCCGACGGAACUAGGUGAAUAAGAAUAACUAUCAAGAGAAUUCUUGUGCAAUCGCCGAACGACGACAUUUCAUCUCGAGUUGACAGAUGUGAAAGAAUCAAAAUUAUUUAGAAGUGACUGGAGUUGUGUGGUCUUCCGACCGGAUGUAUGAAUUGUUUUUUUUGAAAAUCGCCUAUCAAAAUAAGUAAACAUCGUCAGGUAUUGCUUUGUCCAACCUUGCGGUCAUCUGCACUCCGGACAUGGGCCGCGAGCUCAUCCAGGACCUGUGUUCUCUGCUCUCCAGCAACAAGCCGUACUUGCGAAAAAAGGUCGUUCUCUGCAUGUUCCGGCUGUUCCUCCGGUAUCCCCUCGCCCUGCGCACCGCGUUUCCGAAACUGAAAGAGCGUCUCACGGACGAGGACCAGGGAGUCUUGACCGCGUGCGUGAACACCUUUCUCGAACUGACCAGGAAAAACGCGCGGAACUACCUGAUUCUGGUGCCGCACUUCUUCACGCUGCUGACGCAAACGAACAACAACUGGCUGAUGAUCAAACUGUUGAAGGUGUUCGCCCAGCUGUGCCCGCUCGAGCCUCGCCUCGCGGGCAAACUGGGCAGCCCGCUGCAGGACAUCUUGCAGACGACGCGGGCCAAAAGCGUCGAGUUUGAAGUCAUCCGAUGCAUCACCAGAGUGAUGUCACCCCCGGACCUGCCGGUCGUCAAACAGGCAAUGGAAAAAAUCCGCCCAUUUCUGUUCUCAUCGGACAGAAAUCUCAGGUACGUGCAUGCUGGAAGAGAUGAAAUGGUUCUAGAGGGGCUUUCUGCCUCGUUUCAAAAGAAUGAUUGAAAUAAGUACCUACAAGUCUUCAAAGCGAUCGAGUUUGUCAUCGAAAUUUUCAUGAUGAGAAAUUUUCUGUGGUGGACGCAAUUUUUCUUUAUGAUCGAAAGGUACCUUGGCUUGGAAAUCGUGGACGAGUUUUUGAAGCGCUGGACCUCCGUCGACCACACGCAGCUUCCUUUGCCAAACGAGCUGCACGAAACCAUUCUGGAGGCCAUCGAGGAGCAGGACCAAACCAUUCGGGUUGUCGCGCUUUCGAUCCUAGACAAGAUCGUGUCGAAGGAAUCCUUUCCGAAGAUCGCCGAGAAGCUGAUGCAGAUGUCUAGUAAUUUGCAUUCCGGCGGGGACGAGUACAUCAAAACUUUGUUGACGAUGGGCGAGUAUCCUGUGCAAAAGUAUCGUACUCGUACUACUUGCAAAUAUGUUUUCAUAACGGUCGACGUGCGCACCGCUGCGCCAUUAAGAUCAAAAAAUAGGAAUGAGGACCAUCGUAGUUUAGUAGUUAGUUCCUAGCGCACUAGCUUCGCCCGCUGCUACCGGGUCAGUAGUUAGAAACAUUCAGGCUGCGCGGUCUCUAAAUGGUCCGCGGGGGUGGCUUAAGAUUUGACUGGGUGACUUGUUAGCUCUAGAUUAGAAAAAGUUCGCUUUUGUAUUUCUAAGAAUACCCGCCGCUUGGAGACGCAAGCAUAACAAGGACGGGUGGCUAUCGAAAGAAAAAACUUUGUCGCAGUCUCUGUUUUGCAGGCAUUGCAUGGAGAAUUUUUCUGGCGUCGCAUUUUUUGUCUUGUUUUUUUGCAGACAAUCGUGUUCGUUGGCAAACGAGACCUCUGCCCAGAAGGGUGCAGCUCACGUUUCCCGCCCGCUCUUAAGAUUCGUAAGUCGUAGAUUCAUCGUCAUCGUUAGAAUCGAAUAGAUUCUCUACCUCUUACCGACCUGACGCCAUAGGAAGGUUAAGAGAUGACUUACCUGGGGGGAUGGCGUAAACAGGGGCCUUGUUUUUUUUUGUUCCCGCUUGGCCAGCGGACAGAUUAUGGCUGGCGAGGCCGAUGUCUCGUUUAGAAAGACGAAAACCCACAAAGAAUGUCUUCGUUCCGUUGUCCAAUUUUCCGCGAGAAAAAAAAAAGAAAUAGCUCGACCGACUCCGCAAAAAAAAAAAAGAAAGCAAGUAAGACUAUCUGAGAAAAGAAAGAGCCUGGGAAAAGAAAAGGAAAUAAUACACAAGCCAGGACAAAAGACGCAGCGGAGUUGAAAACAGAUAGCGCGCGGAAAAAAAAAAAACCAACCCAACUCCCUGCGCAAAGGUUGACCGCAGCGAAGUGUGUAUAACUCCGCGUUGAUCACUAAGCUCGGUGGAGUUCUCGUUUCCGGCGCGCUUUACUGCAUUCGCAAGAAGCAAGCCGCUGGGCCUUUCAAGCUUGGGGUCUUGUUUUCCUGUUCGACUUCCACGGAACCCAAGAGGCGGCGGGUUCUGUGGCUGGUUUGUCGGGGGCUAAGGAUGCUCUCCAGCUCUUAGGACUGUAUCUUUUGAACACUGGGCGUGAGGGUGGUAGCGCCCGGUGGACCUCAAUUGAGCUUCCCUUCACUGCUAAAACGGGUGGUGUUGCGUCGCUCGAGAUGCCUGGCUCUCAAUGCAAUCCAGCGCAGACAAUUAACAUUCAGGAAACCAACGACAGGACGAGGGCAGCUCUUCAAGCUCGCCUGACAAAGUUUUUUGUCUAAGAAGCUUGCGCUACAUUGUAUUUCUAAGAACAGAAAUUUUGCAUGACAAAUUCAGGCUCAGCUUAGCCGGUGUAGAUAGUAUCCCCCCGCAUUGCUAUGCCCCCAAACACAUCUUUCCGGACGCUGCAAGAUGGAGAGAUGUGGCGUGUGCCGCUGCUACCGGCUCGACACGUAAAGGAAAACGAAUCCGCGCGCUCGGCUUGGUAGCUACCCCCAUGCCGUUCGGGUUUUAGCUGCCACUGGCGUCAUUGAUCGGCGUCGCCAAUAUCUCCAUCCCGAUGAUUUCCAUCUCUACGCUUGUGUAUGGUGCAUAGGGGCUUGCUCCUUUUUUGUGCCGCGGUGUCGGAGGUUUUGCAGCAUGCACGCACAAGCAGUAUUUUUGGAAGCGGAGGGGGGGUGCGGGACCCCCAUCAAGUCGUCGCGGCGCGAAGCCGCAAAUCCUUGGGCCACGUCUACCACCAGAAGUAUUCCGCCCGGGGGCCGCUCCAUGAAUCUGAAUCUGUCAACCAUGCGCAGCCAUAUUUAAAAAAAAAAAUAUGCAUCACAAGUCUUUUUCUCAAGGUAAAACAGCAUGACAAAUUCCAUUUGUCAUGCUGAGCUAAUUUGUAUUGCAAUUUAUACUAUUGCGAUGCUUUUGCAAUGCAUAGCGAGCAGGAGCAGUAUGAACUUGUCGAAGAUUUCGGCUGGUACAUUCUGACUCUGUAUCAAAUGCAAAAAUGUCUGGGUCUGGAAGAGUUCAUGUUUGUCAUGCUUGUCUGGCAUGACUCUGAAAUCUGUCAUGCACGUUACCCAAGAGCCCCAUGUUUCUGUCAUGCGAAAACGCCGUUUGUCAUGCAGAAUAGGCAACACCUAGAAGCUCAGAAACUUGUCAUGCUGAGCCAGCACUUGUCGCUUGCUCAUGGUGCGCCAACCAGCAUCACAAGUUUCCAGACCCAGACAUUUUUGCAAUCCAUACUCUUGCCGACAUCGCAAAAAAGAAGCACUCGGAGCAUUCCCAGCUCGUCGCGGACCAAUUCUGCGACAUUUGCGCGCGCGUCGAGGGCGUCAGGCCCUACGCGGUGUCGGUGGCGCAAAUUUUGCUGCUCGGGGACGGCACCAGUGGGAACGGGGUACAAACAAGAGCUGCUUGCUUUGUGGACGUUCUCAUUUUUUGAAAUGACCCUCUGGAUGACCUGAAAACUAGAUGAAAGCCGCAAAGUAGCGCCAGCAUCAUGUAGAACGUGGUUUAUUCUCCUUGCAAACGAUAACGAACUGUCCCAGAUACAAAAUUGCGCCCCCGCCAUGGUAGCUGCUUGUGCCUGGGUUCUGGGGGAGUACCCGUCACAUAUCGAAGCGCCGUACUUGAAAAACAUUUUCGACGAGCUGUUGAGCAAGGGACAGUCCUCCCUGCCCCCUACGACACAAGUCACAUGUCUCUGGGCGGCGAUCAAAAUUCUCUGCAAGUAAGUACUGCGAGUAUAAUGAUCUUCAUCUUUUUGACCACCUCUGGAUCGCUAUAAUUUUUGUGCUAGAGUUGGCGUGUUUCCGUCAAAAAUAGACCGAUGUUUUUACAUCAUGCACCCGCAUGUAGUACAUGAUGAAUGAACUAACAACCAGGCUUGGCGCUGCAGAUGACGAGAAAUUCGCCGAGUACUGCAAUCUGCUCGUGGAAGCGCUCGGAGAACUGGUCAUGUCACCACAUGUGGAAGUGUCGGAGCGUGCCAGUCUCGCCUUCUACCUUGUGGAGUGGGGCUCAACCAGAAGGCAGGGCCUCGAGGGCUCGUACCCCGCGGCAGAGUUGGACGUGCUGUCUUUAGGGUAUAACGCUUGAGUACAAGAAGUAGUGACUCACUCUGCAUUUUUUGACGCAGUUAGGUGAUAGAAAAAGAAAAUAUUCAUACUUCUUCUACUGCUCGAUAGUAAACAACCAAAGUACGAUCGCGGUAAGUUAUCGGCGAAAGUCCUCUUCGACACGAAGUAUAAGUAAGAGACACAGCAAAAAACCUCACCUCCAGCGACCAAGAGGCGGUUACGGAGCCGGUUGGGAUGGAUCUAGACACGCCCUUCUUUGAGGAGGAGCCGCCGCCAGUGGUCGAAGAAAUUUCUGCGCAAGACGCUUACGCUGACCUCCCGAACUACCAGGAAGACCUGAAGUUGAUCCAGCAGCAGCAAGCAGCACAGGCAGCCGCGAACAAUCUCCCGCCUGGGGAGGGAUCCUUGUUCAUGCUGAAGCAGAACGGGCAAGCAGAAGCCGCUGGCGUCACGUCGCCGCCUUCGCCGUCAAAGCCCGUGGAUCCACUUGCCGCAAUGCGAGAAAAGCUGCAGCAGAACAAGCAGCAGUAUUCGGUUCUGCGGAAACAGAAGCCGGCCACUGCGUCGCAGCCAGGUUUCUUUCUUUUGUUUUUUGUAGUACGUGCGGGCUGGUGUUCCUCUUUCUGGGGUAGACUCUUUGUCGCUUUGUAUGCCGCAGUGGUGGCUCUGGCCCCUGCUCGCGGUCUUGUCUGCAUAAAAAAAAGUUCGACAUACGAAUACGAUUGUUCCGUGAAAUAACAGCCACACCAGUGGACCAGCAGCAGCAGCUUUUGCUUCAGCAGCAGCAAAUGGCGAUGCUGCAACAGCAGCAGUACCUCCAACAGCAGCAAGCGUUGCAAGCGCAGCAGCUGGCGGCAGCACAGGCACAGCAGCAGCAGGCCACGAACUUUCUUCCGACUGUGUCUGA